AUGCGUGACAACGACGACCAGCUCGAGAGCUACCACGAUGAGACGCCGCUCCGUACCUCCACCGAGGAUCCAUUGUUACACGCAACUUCAAUCGAUGACCCCAUAGACGACGACGUCGACACACCACGGCAAUAUCCAUGGAUGCAAAGAGUCAGCGACAGCAUACCCUCGCCGCUCAAGACAGUAUCGAGUGCAGUAGUCAACUGGGCCAAGGGCCCUCAACCUCCCAGGAUAUACAAGAUUGAGCCAUUCUUGCCGACCAUACAACAUGCGCCCAUCAACUUCUUGGACCGCUAUGCUCCCAAACGUAUGCAACGCUUCUGGCUCUUGUUCGUCUUCUACAUCUGCUGGAUCCUCUCGUUUGCCUUGAUUCUACACAAGUCUUCGUUCGCUGCAGAUGUGAAAGACUAUGGGUCGCCAAUACGCCUGGGAUGCACGGCAAGAUAUUGGAACGACGGCAACGGGUGUGGCAUCAAUGGAGACCAGUGCCGACCUUUUUCCAAUUCGUCUUUGCCGUUCCGCUGUCCUGCAGGGUGCACCAAGACUCAAGUGCUGUUCCCUCACGCCGUUGGAGAUCAAGAAGUUGUAUACAAGCCCUUGGUUGUUGGCGGGCCUUUGAACACAAGCGAGCCCAUCUCAAGCACCGUCUACAGGGGUGACAGUUUCAUCUGUGGUUCUGCUAUCCAUGCAGGCUUCAUCAAAAGUGAACAGGGUGGAUGCGGUGUUCUCAAACUUACCGGGGACCAACACUUCUUCCCCAGCGUAAAGCAAAACGGCAUUGACAGUAUCGGUUUCGAGUCUUACUUUCCGCAAUCUUUUCAAUUUGUAGAAGGCACUCAGUCGCAAUGUCGGGAUCUGAGGUGGCCUCUACUCGCUGUAUCCGUCUUCUUUACUGCCAUGCUAUCUCUCUUCACCAAAUCACCAGCUGUGUUCUUCUGGUCCGUCUUUGUCGGAUUAUUCUUCCAAACAGGCCUGGCUUCUGAUCCGCCAAAUCUUACAGACUACUAUUCAUUGAUCUCCACAGCUCUUGGAAGAUUUUUGCCCGCCGCCUUCGUCAUGGCCAUCAUCUAUCGUUACGCCGUCCGUUAUACUCUGACAGGUUUGACAGCUCAAUUCGAAAAGACAAUUCUUUGGUUGGGCGCAGCAUGGGUGGGCGCUCUGAACAAUUACACCUUCGACCGAAUUCCUAUUCAACGCCUUACGCCUCACGACAUCAAGGCCCAGCCCGGCGCCGUACCAGCUCUCAUCUCCAUCGUGUUGAUCAUCUUCUUCAUUGCGCUGGGUCAAGCGUAUGCUUUCCGUGUCGAAGGCCGUAUGCCUCGCUACCUGGUAGUCUAUGGCCUCUUUGUUGGAGGUAUUCUGCUACUCGUCGCUGUACCGGGCAUGAAUGUGCGCAUUCACCAUUAUAUUCUGGCUAUCCUUCUACUUCCUGGCACAGCGUUCCAGAAUCGUCCGAGUUUGCUGUAUCAAGGUUUGCUCUGUGGACUUUUUAUCAAUGGAAUCGCUCGAUGGGGUUUCGACAGCAUUCUUCAAACACCUGGAGAAUUGCUAUCGGAUGCACCACAAAACUCUUUGUUGCCUACCAUCAUGCCUCCGGUCAUCGGCACCAGCAACAUAACCUUUACGCUGGGUCCUGUCCCUCCAGUCAGCGACAAAAACAAUAUACCCUAUUAUGACGGAAUUUCAGUCUUGGUGAACGAUGUAGAAAGGUUCAGAGGGUAUGCUGAUUAUGACGCCGAGGAAUUGUGGAAUGAAAAUGGGACUAGGGAGUGGACAUGGGAGAGACAUGAUGAGAGUUUACCAGAGUACUUCAGGUUCGCGUAUAUGGCUGGUAAUGCGGUGGCUGAUUAUACCAAAGCUGGAACUUGGUUGGUCAAUGGGACUUGGGUGCCUAUGAAAAGUGGACCUUCAUAG